GCCCCCAAUCCAUGAGGUACCACUCUGCAGGUGGAGCUGCUCAGACCUCUGGGCUCCUGAGCGCGGGGGUGGGAUCCAGUCAGUUCUGUCCACCUGUAUCCUCCACCCUCCACCAUGCCGCAUCUGGGCAUCAUGGGCUCCUGUCUUUCCUCCCUGUAGCUUGGAGACUAAGAAGAAUAGGUUCUUCUGUGCCAAUCCUGAUGAAGAAUGGGUCAAGAAAGCCAUGCAGCAUCUAGACCUCCAGGCCUCCUCGCUGACUCUGAAUGGCGGCACCUUUGCGAAGCAGAUCGGCGUGGGUGAACCCAGGACCACCCCAGCCCCCCAGGCUGUGGAUGAGCCAGCACUCCCAGAGCCCAAAGCCACAGAACAAAACAGUGAGCAGGAGAUGCAGAGGGACUUCUCCUUGGGGACUCCCACAGAGCUGCCAAUGGCAGUGGCAAGCUCCUGGGGGACCAGGCCCCCCUCCACAUCAGAGGCUCUGGAUGGAGGGUCCCCAGUUGGGCCCACAAGAACCAAGCUUGUCAGCACGGCUGCCGUCACCUCCACCACCACGUCCUGGCAGAGCUCCGCUGCAAACCAGCCUGGAUCAGUCCUCGGGGCUGACAAGAAGGGGCCUGAGGCUUCCGCCACCCAGGCCCCCCCCACCCAGGCCCCCACCACCCAGGCCUCCCCCACCCAGGCCCCCUCUACCCAGACUUUCUCCACCCAGAACCCCCCCACCAAGGCCCCCCCCUCCCAGGCCCCCUCUACCCAGGUCCCUGUCAUGUCCACCAUUGCACCCACAGCCCCAGAAGACAGUGUGGGUCUCAUCACGGGACAGGGUGACCCUGCAGAGGCCUCACUAGAGCCUGAGGAGCUGGGCCCCCCAUCAGCACACACGGAUGCUUUCAUGGGGCCCCAAGCCUCCGAGGUCCCCAUCACCUCUGAGGGGGACCCUAGCAGGGAGCCUGUGGCCUCAGGCAGCUGGCCACCCAAGGCCGAGGAGCCCAUCCAUGUCACCGGGGACCCCCAAAGGUUGGGCAUCCUCAUGACACCUGUACCUGACUCCCAGGUGGCCACCCGACGGCAGGCAGUUGGGCUGCUAGCCUUCCUGGGCCUCCUUUUCUGUGUGGGGGUGGCCAUGUUUGCCUACCAGAGCCUCCAGGGCUGCCCCCGCAAGGUGGCGGGGGACAUGGUGGAGGGGCUCCGCUAUGUCCCCCGCAGCUGUGGCAGCAACUCCUACGUCCUGGUGCCAGUGUGAGCCACCCAUCCGCCUGCAUCCAGUUGUUGGACUCAGACAGCUGCCUGGGCCCCUCACCCCCCAUUCUCCCACCCAUCCUUGUCCUUCACCCCUAAAGCCUGGCCCCAGCUGGGAUGACCAGAGCAGGGAGGCGGGACCCUCCAGCUCCUGGAGACUACCCCUGACCUCCUGGGCACAGAGUGGGUGAUCUUGGUGAUUCACUCACUGUUCUCCAAGUCCUCCAGAGUCAGUCUCCUCUGCUGCUGGCUGGUUAGAGGGCCCCCAAGAUCCUGCCCUGCUCCAACCAACCUUUAUUUAUUGUCUGCCCAGCC